AGUCCCCCUGCCGAGAUGGCGCUGCAAAGCCUGGCGAGCAAGGAAGCCAAGGGGCCCUGGCGGGAAGCAGACCAGGAACAGCAGGAGUGGGUGGGCAGCCCCGAGCCAGAGCCCGAGCCGGAGCCGGUGCCAGUGCCCCCACCCGAGCCGCAGCCGGAGCCCCAGCCCCUACCGGACCCUGCACCCUUGCCGGAGUUGGAAUUUGAGCCCGAGCCAGUGCAUGAAUCCAAGUCCACGCCCACCGUGGAGACCCGCGGCACCGCGCGCGGCUUUCAGCCCCCCGAAGGUGGCUUCGGCUGGAUGGUGGUCUUCGCUGCCACCUGGUGCAACGGCUCCAUCUUUGGCAUCCAGAACUCUUUUGGGAUCCUCUACUCCAUGCUGCUGCAGGAGGAAAGAGAGAAAAAUCGCCAAGUGGAGUUCCAAGCAGCAUGGGUAGGAGCCCUCUCAAUGGGCAUGAUCUUCUUCUGUUCUCCCAUUGUGAGUAUAUUCACUGAUCGUUUGGGCUGCCGAAUCACAGCAACUGCAGGGGCUGCUGUCGCUUUCAUAGGCCUCCAUACCAGCUCCUUUACCAGCUCCCUAAGCCUGCGUUAUUUCACCUAUGGGAUUCUCUUUGGUUGUGGCUGUUCCUUCGCCUUUCAGCCAUCUCUCGUCAUCCUGGGCCACUACUUCCAACGGCGUCUGGGUCUGGCCAAUGGUGUGGUGUCUGCUGGGAGUAGCAUCUUCUCCAUAUCCUUUCCUCUUCUCAUCAAAACACUGGGGGCUAAGAUCAAGCUCGCCCAAACCUUCCAGGUGCUGAGUACCUUCAUGUUUAUUCUUACGCUGCUUUCGCUCACCUACCGGCCACUCCUACCCAGUUCCCAGGACACCCCAAACAAGAGAGGUGUCCGCACCCUGUGCCAACGCAUUCUGUCUCAACUUAGAAAGUACUUCAACAUGCGAGUAUUCCGCCAACGUACCUACCGCAUCUGGGCCUUCGGGAUUGCUGCUGCUGCCCUUGGCUACUUCGUUCCCUAUGUACACCUGAUGAAGUAUGUGGAGGAGGAGUUCUUGGAAAUCAAGCAGACCUGGGUGCUCUUGGUGUGUAUUGGGGCUACCUCAGGCCUUGGGCGCCUUGUGUCAGGCCGUGUCAGUGACUCCAUUCCUGGACUUAAGAAGAUCUACUUGCAGGUCAUCUCCUUCCUGCUCCUGGGCCUGAUGUCCAUGAUGAUUCCCCUAUGCCGGGGCUUCGGGGGCCUCAUCGUUGUCUGCCUCUUCCUGGGCCUGUGUGAUGGCUUCUUCAUCACCAUCAUGGCCCCCAUCGCAUUUGAGCUGGUGGGCCCAAUGCAGGCCUCACAGGCAAUUGGCUACCUCCUUGGCAUGAUGGCCCUGCCGAUGAUUGCUGGGCCCCCCAUUGCAGGCCUCCUCCGCAACUGUUUUGGGGACUACCAUGUGGCCUUCUACUUUGCUGGUGUGCCCCCCAUCAUUGGGGCUAUAAUCCUCUUCUUCGUACCUCUGAUGCAUCAAAGGAUGUUCAAGAAAGAGCAAAGGGAUUCCAGCAAGGAUAAGAUGUUGGCCCCUGAUGCAGACCCCAAUGGGGAGCUGCUGCCGGGUUCCCCCAUCCCUGAGGAACCAAUCUAAUGCAUUUUCCUUGCCGUUGUGUGUUCCUCCCCAACCCUUUCCCUUCACCCCACCUGCUCAGCAUUUACAUUUUUGCCAUCAGCACACUUGUUCUCAAACAUGCACACACAGCAGUUCAUCCACCUGACCAGCCCCUUGGAGCCAAAGCUCAUGUUAAACUCAUUAACCAAAUUUUCCCUGUGAAUGCCUUUAAAUUUGCCAGGGUCCUUCUCUCAGGAUCUAGGAAAGCUUGGAAUCUCCCUGGCCUUUGGAACAUCUCCAUAUACUUUCUAAUACCUGGAGAUGGUACCUCCUGGCCCCAGCUUGCUAGUCACCCACUAAAAGCAACUUCCAAAGGUGCUACCGUUUCCCUAGGAGCCUGGUGGGAAGACCCAAGCCUCUGUGUGCUCAGGAGUUCCUUGCCAUCUAUCCUUGGGAGCCAUUGGUAAGGGGGCAGAGAAAGGGCGGAGAGGUAAAAUCAGACAAGGAGACUUGCUUAGUUUCAGAGUCUCUUAGGGUUGUGGCUUCCCAAGAGCUAUGGGUGACAUCACUUUACAAGUGUACAAGUAAGUCGCCCCACCAUAUAGUUGGUUAACAAUCUGCUUCCUUCUUCCCUUCUUUGUUUUUGUUUUUUUUUUUCUCUACUGCUUCUUUUUCUAUUUCUUUUUAGGACUGUCAUAGAUGCAUGGGUGCUUGAAGACAGAAGGGACUUAGAGCUUGGGCCAAUCAGCCUCACCUUGGCCUAGCCCACCCCUAACAUGAUCAUCAAUUCCACUCAUCUCAGGCUGAGCCACAUCUCACUUUUUGGCUCAAGCUGCUAUAAUUAUAAACUGGAAGAGUCAAAUAACACAUAGGGAAGGGACUUUAAACACCAAAAUUUCCACUCACUGAUUUUUACAGGUUUCCCAGGCCAGUGCAUUAACCUGUAGGCACUUCCAGCUCCCCAUCUGUGUAUUCACCUGUCAAAAUGUGAAGAAGUUCCUUUCAUCUCAGCAGGCAAAGGAAGACCGAUGAUGGGGGAGGGCAUGGUUGGGGGAGGGGCAAUAAUUAUUGACCUGGCAAAGGACCAACUUCUCCAUCUCUCAUUAGUCAUGAUAGGUUAAUAUUUCCACCUGGGUCAGGGUGGGAAAGGGGCUGUUUUAGGGAAAAUCCCAUUCCCAACCUGGAUCCCCAAAAGGUAGAGGCAGAGCUACAUGUAGGAUUUAACAAUUUCUUUUAGGAAGAGGAAAGCAUCUUAACCUUUACCACCCAAUAUAUCUCCCACGCUAGGUAUCCUGAGCCACUACUUAGUGGGCAUUAAAGGUGCCAGGAAAGUAGGCUCUGGACCAUCUUAAUCCUUCUGAAAUAGGUGCCAGAUGCUUCCCUAUGCUCAGAUUCUGAGCAACACUCUUACUGAAGAGCAUUCCCAGCGAGGCUGUGUCCAAGCUAGCACAACUCACCUCCUUAGGAGAUCAGCCUCUCUCCUUACUUGGCCUCUUUGUGUCUCUUUCUCUGUAUUCUGGGCCUUUGUGCUCCUGUUACCCUAAUCUUUCAUCACCUUCUUGUCAGGCAUCCUUGGCUGUUACUUGGAGCUAACAGUGACUUACCACCCUAAGCCAGGGCCAUCCAGGGCCAGGAGGAUGAGGUUACCUGUGAGAGGCUCCAAAGAAGACAGUGGUCCCUAACCAUGACAUUUUCCGUUACAAACAGGCAGCUGGGACAUGGUUGGCCUAUGAUGGCCUCAUUCAAGGCCAAAGUCCUACGCCCCCUCCAUUGGUCCUAGUCCAGCUUUUAUCAACUUCCCAAAGGAAAACUCACUGGCUCUUAGCCCUGUGGGUAGGAAGGGGCCUAAUUACUAUCCUCCUGGAUUAAACAGCAGUGGGACAGGAGAAGCUGAGCCCCAGGAGUCUUGUAACUCCAAGGAGAGACCACUGAAAAUGUUGGAGCAAUAAAGCCCCUGUGUCCAUUCUUCCUGUCCCUCCCCCACCAAAUCAUUGGAGGGCAGGUCUGCAGGGCCUCCUUUGUUGUUCAAGGUGAAGAAAGCUCUUAAAAAUCAGGCUGCCAACCACUUCUCUCCAGAUGAAGGAAAGACAUUCACAGGUCCCAAAUCUGCCCUAUCAGUUGUCACAUAACAUAGUGGGGUGUCAGUUUACUUCUUCCACAUAUGUGCAUGUACAUGUGUGAGCUUGUGUGCUUUUGGAGAGAAUGUCAGUUGGUGAAAGCAGCUCAGUAUUAAUAUUUAGGGUAGGAUGCAGCCUCUAAUGCACCACAGUUAAAUCUAGGAGAACGAACAAAAUUUGGGAGCUUGAGAUCUGGGACAUUUAAAUCCUCAAAAGGUUUGGAACAAAAUAAACAGAUCUAAAAAUGUAGAUUUGGUAUGUGUGUUGCCUACAGGGUGAAAUAGUCUUAACCUAGUUAACAGCAGGAAGUUUGGUUUCAAAACUGAAAUCUCAUUUCAAAUAAAAUUUAUGCCAGGGUCUAUACUCUCUGUAAGAGCAGAAAUUGGAAAAGGAUCUAUAGGGGAUUUAGAGUUGGAUGGACUUUUCAGGAUUAGAUUUUUAGGGAGCUCUGAAGUGGAAAAGUAGUCACUUUACAAAAUGAGAACACAGUAGCAGAGGCCAAGUGGAGGCCUCAUGAAGGCCACCACCUUGCUACAUACAUGCCAUGUUGAAAAUGGGCAAAGACCUUAGGAACAAUCCAUUUUAAUCCUCUCCCUUGUUAUUGAUGGGAGAACCUGAGGGAACUGGUAUAGCUGGGUUACACAGCCAGACAGCAACAGACCCUGGAAUUGGUGAUGCGGAAGAAAGACCUACAACAACGACAAAGCUGGGAGUAACUUUGUCCAUCCUCUGCAUUGAUUUAAGUGGGGAAACUGAGGCCUAGAUAUAGCAAGGGACUGAGCAGAUUCACAUAGUUCAUCAGUGACAGAGCAUGCUGAGACUUGAAUUCAGGUAAUUGACUUCCAGUCCAAACCCCUUAUUUUACAGAUGAGGAAACCAAGUUAAUAAGGGAAAUGACUUGUCUACUUCAUUUAACAACUAUGUAGCAAGCCCAUUUCCACAAGGGCGUCAAAAGGACCAGCUCCAAGCAAAAAUGAAAUCUGAGCAAAGUUUGAUUUUAGCAUAUCCCAUUUUUUUUUUUCACGAUUACCCUCGUUCCCAACCAACACAUACUUCUGGUGUUGUCUCUUCCCAAGCACUCAGACUUUCAUGCAGCCUUGGCCUUGGAAAGCUGGUCCCACUUACUGCUCUUCCACCCCCAGGAAACCAAGAGGUACAAAUAGAGUCCAUCUCUCUGUGGCCAUACACUGAACAGGGGAGGGAUAAAGAGAGAGGACUGGGGGUUCCCUUUGAGAGAGGGUGGUUUACUACUCAGCUCUUGAUGAUUGUUGUUUCUCCCCUGACUCAGUGCAGACAUCCCCAGGCUGCCAGCCUCCUCAUCUCCUCCCAGUGAGACUA